AUGGUGGAGCAUGUGCUGCAGGGACAUUUUUCUGACCUCUUUGGAGCAGUCAUCGCUGCACUCUGUCCUCCACAGAGUGCUCCGAGGACUCAAAUCGUCCGCCACCUGGGUGCAGGCCGAAGCAUUCGUAGCACAUGUUGCACAUCCAUCUCUGGCAGCAGUGAAAGGCUUUGGGUGCCCGCCUGA